UCUGCUUCCCAGUGUCAACAGCUGCGGCAGCUUGAGCCCUCCCCCGGGUCCCCCUUCCCAGCACCUUCCCCUCCCCCAGAGCCUGCCGGUGACCCCUCCUCCCACUACCUGCCCAAAGGUCGCGGGACAGGAGUGGUCAGACCUCUCGCUCACUGGAGGCUUCACUGGGACUUUGUCUCCUGCCUGCCUGCCUGGAAGCUGCCUGUCCCCAAGGACUGGGGAGGGCGAUGCCAGGAAGCUGGUGAAGGCUUUCUCCUCUUGCUCCACCAUGGUUACUGCCACCAAGUAUGAAGUGGCCCCUCAGCAGGAGGCGGGGGAUCCCUCCCAGGCCGAGGAGGUCAGCCCUGGGCCGGAGCAGGUGCAGCUGAAGAAGCAGAUCUCACUGCUCAACGGUGUGUGCCUCAUCGUGGGGAACAUGAUUGGCUCCGGCAUUUUUGUGUCCCCCAAGGGUGUCCUCAUGUACAGUGCCUCCUUUGGCCUCUCCUUGGUCAUUUGGGCCGUGGGGGGCCUCUUCUCUGUCUUUGGGGCCCUUUGCUAUGCAGAACUGGGCACCACCAUUAAGAAGUCGGGGGCCAGCUAUGCCUACAUCCUCGAAGCCUUUGGUGGGUUCCUGGCCUUUAUCAGACUCUGGACCUCCCUCCUCAUCAUCGAGCCUACCAGCCAGGCCAUCAUUGCCAUCACCUUUGCCAACUACCUGGUGCAACCCUUCUUUCCGAGCUGCUUGGCUCCCUAUGCUGCCGGCCGCCUGCUGGCUGCUGCCUGCAUAUGUUUAUUAACCUUCAUUAACUGUGUUAAUGUUAAGUGGGGAACCAGGGUCCAAGAUGGUUCCACCUACGCCAAACUCGUGGCGCUGAUUGCUGUGAUCAUCGCGGGCAGCGUUAGACUUGGCCAGGGAGCCUCCACUCACUUUGAGAAUUCCUUUGAUGGCUCAUCAUUUGCGAUGGGAGACAUCGCCCUGGCCCUGUACUCGGCUCUGUUCUCCUACUCGGGCUGGGAUACACUCAACUAUGUCACGGAGGAGAUUGAGAAUCCUGAGAGGAAUCUGCCCCUCUCCAUUGGCAUCUCCAUGCCCAUCGUCACCAUCAUCUACAUCUUGACCAAUGUGGCCUACUACACCGUACUAAACAUGGGCGACAUCCUGGCCAGUGACGCUGUUGCUGUGACUUUUGCAGACCAGAUUUUUGGAAUGUUCAACUGGACAAUAUCACUGGCAGUUGCAGUAUCCUGCUUUGGUGGCCUCAACGCUUCCAUCGUGGCUGCUUCUAGGCUCUUCUUUGUGGGCUCAAGAGAAGGCCAUCUCCCCGAUGCCAUCUGCAUGAUUCAUGUCGAGCGCUUUACACCAGUACCUGCUCUGCUCUUCAAUGGACUCAUGGCGCUCAUCUACCUGUGCGUGGAGGACGUCUUCCAGCUCAUUAACUACUACAGCUUCAGCUACUGGUUCUUCGUGGGGCUCUCCAUUAUGGGCCAGCUUUACCUGCGCUGGAAGGAGCCUGAUCGGCCACGUCCCCUCAAGCUCAGCCUCUUCUUCCCCAUUGUCUUCUGCCUCUGCACCGUCUUCCUGGUGGCUGUCCCACUCUACAGUGACACAAUCAACUCGCUCAUUGGCAUCGGCAUCGCCCUCUCAGGCUUGCCCUUUUACUUCCUCAUCAUCAGAGUGCCAGAGCACAAACGACCUAGCUGCCUCCGAAGGGUCGUGGCAUCUGCCACACGGUACCUCCAGCUUGUAUGUAUGUCGAUUGCUGCCGAGAUGGAUUUGGAAGAUGGAGGAGAGACGUCUAAGCAACAAAAUUCCAAGUCCAACUAAACAGUUACCUAGAGUCCUGAGAAGCAGAAAGCGGGGGGGCUCUGUGUCCCUCUGGCUGGCACCGAGGAAGCUGACAGGGGAAGCUCACUUCUCUGGAGCCACUUGUCCAGAAACCUGGACUAGGCAGCUUCAGUGAUCUUUGAACUUGCUUUUUGAGAAACAGAGAGUAAUUUAUUUGUUUUGCUAGGUAUUUCCCCAGUGAGGCGGAUGGUGUGGCAGACCGGUGGGGAGCCUAUCAGGCGUGGGUUUGAUGAUGGUUGUAUGGAGAGCAGCACAUUCCUGUGUGUGAAGAUACUCACUCACCUCUGGGUGUGUCCAUCCACUCUUUUCCUUUGAAAGGGCUAAAUGAAUGCUCAAGUGUCCUGUCUCCAUUAGAGAGACAAAAUUGUCACAGGUGCUGGGCAAUAAAAGGGUUAUUAAGUUCCUAAA